UCUACCUACAACUCUGUAUAUAUGUGCGGCCAUGUUUAUUACAGUCGUGUUCUCGAGAACUCGCCAUUAUUAGGAGACCACGGGGAGCGAACGCACGUGUGUACAAACCGGCAUCGAAAUGGCAAAAGUAGAAAUCAAAUACACAAAGUUGUUCAUCAACAAUGAGUGGGUGGACGCUGUCAGCAAGAAGACCUUCCCCACCAUCAACCCUCAGGAUGAGACCGUCAUCGCACAAGUGGCUGAGGCAGACAAAGCUGACGUAGAUUUGGCGGUAGCAGCAGCGAAGAAAGCCUUCGCUCGCUACUCACCAUGGCGUCUAAUGGAUGCUUCCCGACGAGGUCUCCUCAUGCUCAAGUUAGCAGAACUAAUUGAAUCCCAAGCCAGAUAUUUAGCUGAACUAGAAACUUUGGACUGUGGAAAGCCAGUGAAGGAUGCUGAAGAAGAAGUUUACUACGCAGCGACUGUUUUAAGAUAUUAUGCCGGCAAAGCUGACAAGAUUUUGGGGAACACCAUACCUGCAGAUGGUGAAGUAAUGUCUUUUACUUUGAAGGAACCUGUCGGUGUCUGUGGUCAGAUUAUACCAUGGAAUUAUCCUAUACCAAUGAUAUCAUGGAAAAUUGCACCAGCCUUAGCUGCCGGCUGCACAAUAGUUCUAAAACCAGCGGAACAAACACCCCUAACAGCGUUAGCAGUAGCAGCCCUGAUCAAAGAAGCUGGUUUCCCUCCAGGAGUAGUCAAUGUACUCCCAGGGUACGGACCUACAGCUGGAGCAGCUCUCACACACCACCCUGAUGUCGACAAGAUUGCUUUCACAGGAUCCACUGAGGUUGGCCGCAUAAUUCUAGGAGCAGCUUCAGCAGUAAAUCUAAAGCGAAUCACAUUGGAAUUAGGUGGCAAGAGUCCUCUUGUGGUGUUUAAUGAUGCUGAUGUGGAAAAAGCAGCGCAGAUUGCUCAUGCAGCAGCAUUCGCGAACGCUGGACAGUGCUGUUGUGCUGGCACUAGGACUUACGUACAAUCUGGUAUCUACGACCAGUUUGUGAAGAAAGCUGCAGAGAUUGCCUCCAAGAGAUCCGUUGGAAAUCCCUUUGAGAACGUCCAACAAGGACCUCAGAUAGACCAAGACAUGUACACCAAAGUUCUGAGUUACAUAACAGCUGGCAAAGAAGGGGGAGCGAAGUGCGUAGCUGGAGGUGACAAGGUGGGAGACAAGGGUUUCUACAUCAAGCCAACUGUGUUUGCUGACGUCACUGAUAACAUGAAGAUUGCUAGAGAAGAGAUAUUUGGUCCAGUGCAAAGUAUCUUGAAGUUCGAUACGUUUGAAGAAGUGAUAGACAGGGCAAACGAUACUAACUAUGGGCUUGGUGCUGGAGUCAUCACCAAUGAUAUCACAACCGCACUUAGCUUCGCAAAACAAGUUCGUGCUGGGUCCAUCUGGGUUAACACGUACGACCACACGCCUAGUCAAACACCAUUCGGAGGCUUUAAGGAUUCCGGUCUUGGUAGAGAGCUGGGUGAAGACGGUAUCAACCAGUAUUUGGAAACUAAAACAGUAACGCUAGCGUUGCCAAAACAGCCGCAGCUGUAAACGUAUUUCUUCUGCUAUAAUUGACUAAAUUAUAAUUACAUAUUAAUUUAUAAGUAUAUGUAUAAACUAUACUAUGUAAUCUAUGCAGGUUUACUGGUUGACUUGAUAUUGUUACUGUUGGUAACGUAAAUGUUUGCAGCAGCGCUGUGUACGGUAUUUGCACAUGUAGGUAAUGCACAUUGCACAGGUAUUAUUAAACUGAUUGGCCUUGAAAUACAACCAUACAGGGACAAAAACUUGGAAAUAAGUGGUUUUUUUAUUGAAAAGUAAGCACAUAAAUAUGUUUUGUAUGUAAAGCAUUUUAAAAUAUAACGUUAAAAAAUAACAAA